GGCAAACCACAGGUGCUGCAGUACCAAGAACUACAUUACGACCGACAACCACGUAUCCAACGACAACUAGUUCGAGGACUACUCAUCCUCCCGCAACUACCACUUUGUUUAGACGUACGACGUCUUCUGCAAGACAGACAACAACUGUCGCUUUACCAAGAACCACUUUACGACCGACUACCACGUAUCCAACGACAACUCGUUUGGGAACGAAUACUCAUCCGCCAACUACCCCUCUAAUUAGACGUACAACAUCUUCUUCUGGGCAAACCACAAGUGCUGCAGUACCAAGAACUACAUUACGACCGACAACCAAGUAUCCAACGACAACUCGUUCGAGGACGACUCCUCCUUCGGAUACUACCACUUUGUUUAAAGGUACAACGUCUUAUGCAGGGCAAACAACAACUGUUGCAAUACCAAAAACUACAUUACGACCGACAACCACGCAUUCAAGGACAACUCUUUCGAGGACGACUCCUCUUUCGACAAGUACCCCUCUACUUAGACGUACAACGUAUUUUUCAG